GCAGCGCCCCUGCCCCGCCCCGAGCCCGGCGGGUCGCGGCCGUGGGUGCCGGUGCGGGUCCCCCCGCGGCCGCUCCCUCCGGCCCCGCUGCGUGCGGGGAGGCCGAGGCCGGCGGCAGUCGCUCCCCGGUCAUUCCCAACGCCCCCGGGGCCGCUGUGGCACGGCAGGUGCCGAGGGGUCAUUGGGGCGUUCGGCAGAGCGGGCCCGGGCACCGCCGGGGACACCGGGGGAUGACAAAGAUCUCCGUGCGGAGAGAUACGUGGCGAAUAAACAGGCGGCUGCCGGGUGGCUGUGAAGGAAAUGAGAGACGAUCUGACGGUUCUCAAGAAAAUCCAGAACAUACAUUUGAUUUGGUACUGAAGGUAAAAUGCCAAGCAUCUGAAAAUGAAGAUCCAGUGGUACUGUGGAAGUUCCCGGAGGACUUUGGAGACCAGGAAGUGCUGAACAGCAUUCCGAAGUUCUGCUUUCCUUUUGACGUUGAAAGAGUGUCCCAAAACCAAAUAGGACAGCAUUUUACCUUCGUGCUCACCGACAUUGAAAGUAAGCAGAGGUUUGGAUUUUGCCGUUUGACAUCAGGAGGCAAGGUCUGCCUCUGUAUUCUAAGUUACCUACCAUGGUUUGAGGUAUACUACAAGCUCCUGAAUACCUUGGCAGAUUAUUUGGCUAAAGAACAGGAAAAUGACUCAAAUGAUUUGUUAAGGUCAUUGUAUAGCCAUCCUGUGCCAAAGGCGAAUGCUUUAGUCAGUUUAAGUGUGAACCAAGAGAUGAUUUUUGCAAGUGAGCAAGUUUUGAAAAAACAGCCUUGUCUUGUAUCGCACUCGUAUUUCAUUACUCCUGAUAUAACUGGAUUGCCAACAAUCCCUGAAAGCAGAAACCUCACUGAAUAUUUUGUUGCUGUGGAUGUGAACAACAUGCUGCAACUUUAUGCCAGUAUGUUGCACGAGAGACGAAUCAUUAUUACCUCUAGCAAACUAAGCACUUUAACUGCUUGUGUUCAUGCGUCAGCCGCAUUGUUAUAUCCAAUGUAUUGGCAGCACAUUUACAUCCCAGUGCUUCCUCCACAUCUUCUGGACUACUGCUGUGCCCCAAUGCCUUAUCUGAUUGGAGUCCACUUAAGCUUAAUAGAGAGAGUGAAAAACAGAUCACUGGAGGAUGUGGUUUUGCUAAAUGUUGACACAAACUCUCUGGAAACCCCUUUUAAUGACCUGAACAACCUACCUGGUGAAGUGGUCUCGGCCUUGAAAAAUAAACUGAAAAAGCAGUCUACAGCUACGGGUGAUGGAGUGGCCAAGGCCUUUCUUCGGGCACAGGCAGCACUGUUUGGAUCCUACAGAGAUGCACUAAGAUACAAACCAGGGGAGCCUAUAACCUUCUGUGAGAAUAGUUUUGUGAAACAUCGGUCCAGUACUACCAAGCAGUUCCUGGAAACUGCUGUUAAUCUUCAACUUUUUAAACAGUUUAUUGAGGGUCGCUUAUCAAAAUUAAAUGCAGGAAGAGGAUUCUCUGAUGCUUUUGAAGAGGAAAUCACAGCAGGAGGCUUUUGUGGAGGCAAUUCAAGAUCUUAUCAGCAGUGGAUGCACACAGUGAAGAAAGGCGGUGCCCUGAUCAACACAGCAAUGACCAAAGCCACUCCGGCUGUGAAAACAGCAUAUAAAUUUGCAAAAAAUCAGGCAAGGCAAGGAAUAAAAGAAGUGAAGAAUAAGUUAAAACACAGGGACAGUGAGGAAGAAUAUGGAACUUGCAGUGCUGGUGCAGUACAGACUGCUCCUGUCUACACAUUGCAUUAUGAGAAGAGAGCAAACUCGGAAAAGCGAAGACUGGCACAGACUCGUUUCAACCAGCAUCUCAGUAACCAGGAUUUAGUCUUAGAUGGAGAUGAUGAUGAUGAAAUGGAGAGAACAAGCAAGUUAUCAUCAGAAGACAGUGAAGAAGCUUCUGCGUACUUUUAUGAUAGCGAUGAUUCUGGUGAAACUGGAAUAACUCAGCAUGAAGGAGAAAUGGACUUACUUGGGGAGAUUUUAGACACGCUGAGCACACACAGUUCAGAUCAAGGAAAGCUCUCAGGAGCAAAGAGCUUGGAUUUCUUUAGGUCAAUGGAUGACAUUGAUUACAAGACUGCGAACAAGUCAAAUGCACCAAGCGAGAGCAACCUUACCCUGCUCUGCAGCAGCGCCCAUGAUCAAGCAGAGUGGAACCUCGGUCAGGAUGACAGUGUCCUCCAUGGGAAGCAACUCCCUCCAUCACCAAGGAAGCAAGUUUCUUCUGGUGGCCAUAGAGAAUCUCUCUCAAGGCUGGAAGAAGAACGUAGUGACAAUACCUUUAUUGCUGACAAAAUGGACACCCCUAGUAUGACAUUCCUAUCUCCAGUACGAUCAAGUGUCCAAUUUUCUUCUCCAGAAAAUUUCAAAGCAGGCUAUUCUUCCUGUAAGGAUGCAAAGCAGAAUGUAACACUAAGUGAUACCUCAGAAGAUCAUCUCCCAGGAGGUCCUGCUCAACAUCCAUCCAUUCUGGUCCCUUGGGAGAAAGAUAGGAAGAAAGGAAAUGAAACUCCAGAAGAGGGUGGACUACUUCAAGAAGUGGUGUCAUUAUGUAAACUGAGUUCUGCUUUUAACUAUGGUUUAAAUAUUUCAAAGGAUAGCCUAUCCAGCAGUAGCAGUGGGAAUAAAACGUAAGAAAACUAUGAGAAGAAAAACUUGACUCCCAUCAGAAAUUAAAGGGUGACUACUCAGGACUCCAUAUAACGUGAUAACCAAAAGAUGAAAAAGGAAUAAGAGGUCUUCAAUUAUAAAAAUAAUUCUCUUCAGUUGAGUAUGCAUUUUCUGCCAUUGGGACAUCCGCUUCUAUGUUUACGGAGUUCGUUUGUUGGCUGUAGCUAGGUCCACAAAAUGGAACUAAAUAUGAAUGCACUCUCAAAUCAGGUACUAGUUUAGUCUGUGUUAAAAAUACAGCAGGUGUGUGGUGCUUCCUAGCAUUUGCUUCCUCUAAGCAGCAGGAAAGGUACACCUUACAGGUGACCUAGUUUUGAAGGUACUAUAUUAAUCCCAUUAAGCAUGAAAUGAACAAAGCAAUCUGCUUUCUCCGAAAUGUACAAAUGUUAUUAUUUGUAAUGAGUAAUAAUUGCCUUAACCUUUUGAGAAGAGGUUUAACUGUCUUAGAAGAUGAAUGCAAAUCUACAAAACAGCAAUAAUGAUUUUCCAUGGCAAGAAUUUGCUUCAGCAAAGGGGGAGGGAAGGAGACUUUUUUUUAGAUUAAGGAAUUUCCUGUGAAUAUAACUUGGAACUUACUCGAAACUAAAACUGUGGCCCUGCCUUCCAGACUUUGAAAAAGUAGCGCAUGCUUUUCUCUCUUCUGUAAAAUGCAAGAAGUGCUGAAUCAUAAUGUGACAUUUAUUAACUUCUGUUUACAACUAAGACACUUUAAAGACAUAUUAUCUAAUUUCCCUAGGCAGAUUAUUUCACCUAAAAAUUCUAGAAAAAGAAGUAGAACUGAUAGAUUAUUUUUUAUUUUCUACAGUUUAUUAGUGUUUGAAAAUGUAUUUGUGCCUCUUCUGAACUAUUUUCUUUCCACUUUUUGUAGCUACCUUUUUGAAGACAGAUUGAAUUACUGUUACUUAGAAGUCAUAUUUAGUUAAAUUAUUAGUCAUGACUGAAAAUUACUUGUAACACUAGAAAACUAAAAUUGCAGAUGCAGCUUGAGACUGCAUAGAUCCAAUUCUCUUUUUAGCCAAUUUGAACAACCAAAAAUCUCUUUCUAAAGUCAGUGAAGGAAAAUAAAUGGACUUGAUGUAUAUUGUAUUGAGAACAAGCAUUUGCCCUCUUUCUGGCAGUGUUCCUGAGGAAUAUUUGGAUAUUUGAAGUCUGAAAAUUCUUGCUGUCGUAUGGAACAGCUCUUUACUUUUCUAAAAUUUAUUUCAUUUUCCUGCCCUUUUCUUUUUCCACCUCUCCACCUUAUCAUGCAUGCAUUGUCCUCAAAAUAGCUCAGGACAGGAAACGCAUUAAGUAAGUUUCAGCAGAUUGGAAUUGUUGACUUUGAAGGAUAAUUGUGGUGCAGUUGGCAGAAGUAAUACAUGGGCAUAAAAUGAACUAUACCCGAGAAGAAUGCUCUUCUGCACUUCUAUACCUUUUUUCUUUCCUUUCCUCUUCAGCAUGAAUUGUUAGUCUUAAUCUCAGUGUAGGCCUGAAUGAGCACGUUCAUGAGGUCAACAUUUGGAUCAGAUUGUGCUUUCAUCUCUUAAGAGUACUUUGUAGCAAAAUUUAGCAUCAGUUGCGACACUGAGAUUUAUGAAUGAAUUUUCCUUCUAGCUAACACAAAUGGAAAGGGUGAUUUUGGCUGCUUUAUUACAAGGCAGCUGACCUAAGAGAGUGGAUCCAUAUUAUUACUGAGGUGAUGUUUGAUGCUUUACCAAAGAGUUGCAGUAAACUGAGAUUUUGGCCUUGUUAAUGCAAAAGUUUCAGCUUCUUUCAGAAUGGGAAGAGUUGGGCCAGGACUUGUCAUUGAGGUUAAGCCUCCACAAUUGUUUUUUUAAUCAGUGCAAUAAAGGUAAAAUGUGGUGAAAUUGCAAAUCUUACGGAAAUAUCUGUGUCUGAUUAGAGCAUGAACAUUCCUGAGAACAUCUGCAAUCUACAUUUCUGGACCAUCUCAGUAUUCCAGAGUUAAAGACUGUAAGGCCAGAGGUCUACACCGCAACGUAUUUAUCUAUCCUAACAUGGUAUGUUGUGGAUUUUUUUUUUACUAAGAUAAAAAUAUUAUUUGGCAAAAUAUUUUGCACUGUUAAAAAUCAAAAGUAUCAUUAAAAUGAUUUAAAAUCUUACUGUAAACUUUCCAGGAGGGACAGAUCAAGUAACUCAGGUGCUGUUUAGAUGAAAAAGCUGCAAGGCAACCCCAUGGAAACUUGUUUAGGGUUGGUAUUAAUGACUCUGUAGAGGACAUUCUUCUUCCUUGCUGGUACUAAACAUUACACAAAUGUGGUGCUGCCAAGCAUGUCUAAGAGAAGACAGCCAAUAUAGGGGGUUUGUUCUUGUAACUUUUCUCACUUUUCUCAUUCAUAUCCUUGCAUUUUGUUGAUGAGAAUUUCAAGAGUCAGCUUGGUUUGGUUUUCUUCAUUUAUUAAAGAUAAUAAAUGGUAUUAGUCUUAAGCAGAAAAAUAGAAAAAAAAUGGAAUAUUGCCAUCAUUACUUUCAAAACCAUCAAACAUGCAAGUCCAGGAAUGCUGCCAGAAAAUGGUUUUCAAAAAUGCUUCUCUGACAGAAUAAAUCUUACUGGCUUUACGUGAGAGUUAGGCACAGAACUCCUAUUACCACAUAGAUUGCCCCAUUCUCACCUUUGUGGGAAAAAUAUGGAAGCCGUGAGGCUGCUAAUACUCUUAUAGUUAUGAUAAGGGUCAUCAAAUUGGAAGUUUGAUAGUGGAAUGUUUCAAAAUCAAGGCAUUGUAGUAACAAUUCACCAUUUCAGUGAGUGAAAACGCAGGCUGAAAAGAAGUAAACAGAUGAACUAAGGGAUGGAAGAUAAAAUGCAACUUACAAUUAUUUUUAUUUCAGUCAAAAUGUCAGUUACUGUUCUUAUGCCACAUCGUUCCUUUCCUAUUUAAAAAACAUAUAGUGUUUACAGUGAUUACAUUGUUUUUUUUUUUUUUUGCUUUUGAACCUUGUAUGGGUUAAAAAAUAACUCAGUCUUAUAUCUGUGUAGAAGUUCACUGUAGGUACAUUUUUAAUCUGUAAUAUUACAGAAUAUUUUCCAUUUACUAUCAGUGAUCUUUUAAAAAGGCUAAUGUUUGUGCCUUAUUUAAACAUAAUUACCAGUUACCAAAUAGUUGAGUCCAAAUUGAUAUUUCCGGUUCAACACUGUUGUUUGCUGUCCCUGUGAUAAUAUAAAACUGUUUAUUGGCUACAUAUACAGUAUUACCGUAUUGGGUUCUAUAUUAAGAUAAGUUGUCCUGAUCCAGUGCUUUUUACAGAUUUUAUAAUUGUAUGCAUUUUAUUUGUGGAAAUCCUUCUAAAGUCUUUAAAAAUCAUCAACAUUCAUCACCAGCUACUGGUGAGAACUGAAUUCUGCUUAGUCAGAGCUCCUGUGGUCUUGAGAGACAUCUCUUUUCUUCAACAUCUCAAAAACCUUCCUAUUUCUCCUUCUUAAGGGAGAUAUCGGAUUAUUUGAUUAAGCUUUGUAAUCUGUUACUUAAACAUAGGAACAAACGUCUGAUGUAGAAGGGCAGGCUAGGACUUGAAUUUAAUAUCUUCGAGUUUGUUUUGCAUAGAUGUCUGCCUGAAAUGAGCUGUAUCACUCAGCUGGUUUGGGAGGAGAAAAAUAAGGGCAGUAGAAAGAGAAAGGGAUUCCUGGGUUGUUCCAGUGGUGUGUGGUGACGCAGAGUCUGAGAGUCUUCAACAAGAAUAAUAACUUUGAGGAAAUCCAGAUUUCAGGAUAUUGUUUAAUGUUCUAGCUCUGUUGUAGCGAUUCCAACCCAGCUGUGUAGGCAAAAGUAAUAUUGCCUAUGCAAUUAACCCCCUGUGGGAUUUGCAGAACGAAUAAUACAUUGUCAAAGGGAAAGCCUUCCAAUCCCUCUGUAGAGAGAUGCAACAUGUGAAAAACAGCAUAGCUAUUCAGGGAAGGACUACUGCAGGUGCGAAGGUGAUCCCUACCCACCCUCUAUGCAUGCAGAGGGCAGUAUGCGUAGAAUAGGCAGUGGUUUGCUCUUCCAUCCCACGUAUUUGGGUGUCAUGUAGCUCUGAAAAAUAGUCUUGUUCUGAAGGAAAAAUGUAGUUGUAGAAGUUGUUAUAGAAUGUGUUGACUGAACCCUUCAUUGUCAUUUAGCAUUUCAGUGAUGCUGCUGCUGUUGGGGUGGGGUCAUCGGAAACCCACUGGCCGAAGUCCCCUCUGAGGCAUUGUAACACAGACUUCAGCCGCAGUUUUAAACACAUGCUGGGUAGUCUUGAAAACCCCACCCAAACUAUUAGAGGAGCGGUGUAGAUUUCAAAAAUCUGUUUUAGAUGUCUUUUCAGGUUUUAGUAUGAGCUAGUUUACAACCUUGUGUUUUUGUAAACGAUGUAAAGUCUAGGCAAAAGAACAGUGAAGCCAGGUUUUUAAAACGGCUUGUUUCUCCACCUACAACCAAUCACAUUCAGUCCUACAGAACAAUCUUUCAUUGGUGCAGCUGUCUAAUGGAAUUGCUAGGAAUGUCUAAAGUCUUUUCUCUAUGCAUGUAAUUAAUAGAAGAAACAUUUCAUGCAAUAAUCAAAGUGCCAGCAUGAGGUCCUUUUGCAAAUGUGCCCGCUGUGUAAUGCUGACUGUAGUAACCUGUCUAGCAGAAAGGAGCCUAAUAACCACUGACCUCCUUGAUGCCACUGGGAGAGGUCAGCAGUGGUUUUUAUUUCCAAGGGAGUUAACAUCUUCUCUCUUGGCACCAGGCUUUAAUCCAGUUGUUGUGAGAAUCCAGCCGGCAUAUUCCUAAUAGCCUGAAAUUUCAGGCUCAACAAAUGUGGCUAAUAAAAUUCCUCAAGGCAAGCAGCUUCCUUAUUGCAAAGCUCAGGAUGGUGAAGGCUGUCUGUUGCAAUGGUAUCGUGGUGAAUCUUUGGAAAGUGAAUAUAGAAAUAAAUGCACCAGCAAAACCAGUAUGAGUGGUUAUGCGAUGUGUGUUCGGUAACUUUUUUUGCUGCUAGUAGAUAUGUAUGUCUUUGCAAAGCAUUGUUUACCUGUUAACAGAAUCUGGGCUGAAUAGAAUGUGUCCUCAUCUUCCCCCCAGGGGCAUGGACCACAGCUGGUCUAGAAUUCAUGAUCCUCAGGGUGACUGAAAAUAAAGGAAUGGAAAAGGGAUAAUAGUUUUUUUGUGCAAAACUUUCCUUGAUUUGCUUUGUAAUGUGUGUGUUAGAGUUUUAGUCAGUGGCCAGUUGGAAGUAGUUGAUAGGUCUUUCCUGGAAGCUGCUAAACUUCUUUUAUUUAGUAGAGUUGCCUGAUGAGCCCACAGCCACCUUAAUCAAGAGGCCGUCCACUAUCCAUGUACUUGGCAGGGCUGUUGCUGUUUUCUGCUGGAUUAGAGUAUGAAGCAGGUAACGCAGUUGGAAGAUACUCCAAGGUUUACUGUAGUAAAGGGUACUCAAAUUAACUUGUACUAUUAUUUAGAUCAAUACUAAUGACAUUUGUAGUUAUAGUCCAGUAACAGUAUUAGCAUUUGAAAAAUAAAUUGAUUUCAAGUACGUUGACAUUUGUCACGGUUCUAUGUGAAUUGACAUUCUGUUUCUGUUAAAAAUAAGGGAGCUACUUGGUUGUUUAGGGGGAAAUGUGUUGACUUUGAAAUCUUCAGUGAAUUUUGUGCAAUAUUUCUCUUUGUUUCAAAGUAAUGUGGUAGUGCACAUCUGCUUUUCAGGCAGAUCCUUGAAAUGGUAUUUUUCAAAAAUGUGUAAAAUCGCAUGUAGCUUUGAAAUAUGGUUGUAUGAUAAAAAGAAUGAAGAAUAUAUUCUAAUGUGGCAAAUGUAUAUUUCCAAUGACUGAAUAUGAUUAUGGAUCUCACAUUCUAUGGAAAUAAAUAAGGCCUAAGCCAAUGUUCCCAUACCAGUAGUUCUAGGUAAUUCUCAAAACUAUAACCUGGUUAAAUUGAAGUAAGGUUAAAUAUUAAAAUUUAUGAUUUUUAGUUUCAAAUUUGAUAGUUGUUUAAUAAAAAGAUGAGGAGUUAAGCAUUGCUUUUCAGUAUCGCCUUUGAGGUGAGAGUUCAUGGUGAUGACCCUAUGUAUUAAGAAUUUAGUUUGUGACAUCCCUAAUUAUCAUAAGUCAUUACUUAAAAUGUCUACUAAUGUUGUUGCCAGUAUCCUUUUUAUUU